AGGAGGGAGCGGACGGGAGCGGGUGCAGGGAGCCAGGUAUCGGGGUGCGUGCGGGAGCCGGGCUACGUGAGAGCUCGACUGGAACGGGCAGGUCGAGUCGCUUUGGGGGAAAAGCUGUUCGCUCCCGGGACCAGUUGCUGUGCACUGAUCGAUCUCCACAGCAGCGCCAGGCCCUUGCGCUGGGCCCAGAAAGACGAGACGAAGGGUUCGUGGAACUGAGGCCUUCCAGGCCGGCGACGCCUCCAGACGCCGCUUUGGGGUAGGACUUGUUCCUGUGCGGCGAAAGGCGAAUGACAUUUAGAGACGUUAACAUCAGAGCUUGGUUUCAGAGUCACAUUAUGUCAGUAGCUCGUUCUUCUGUCCAUGCCAAAUGGAUCGUAGGGAAGGUGAUUGGGACAGCAAUGCAAAAAACUGCGAAAGUGAGAGUGACCAGGCUUGUUCUGGAUCCCUAUUUAUUAAAGUAUUUUAAUAAGCGAAAAACCUACUUUGCCCAUGAUGGUCUUCAGCAGUGCACAGUUGGAGAUAUUGUGCUUCUCAAAGCUUUACCUGUUCCUCGAACAAAGCACGUGAAGCAUGAAGUAGCCGAGAUCGUUUUCAAAGUUGGACAAGUCAUAGAUCCAGUGACUGGAAAACCUUGUGCAGGCACUACUUACUUGGAGGAUCCAAUCAGUUUGGAAACCACCCUAACCAAAAAUCUGAAAGAACUUUCUAUCUCUUCAACACAAUAAAGUAGUAGAAAGAGA